UCCGGUUUAGCUACUGACGUUUGUGGUUACGUUACAGUAGCUUUUCUAACCUCAUUUUGCUUUAAUUGUUCAAUUCAAAUAAUAAAAGUUGAUUAUCAGGAAUUAAUUGAUUACUGUUACUAUGUUCCAUAAUUGUGUACAAAGUAUUCUCCGCACAACUAGGUAUAACUACAAUGUGAAGCACUUCAGAAGAUUUAUAUCCACAAAUCAGUUAAAUUGUGGGUCGAGCUAUCAAGGUGAUGGUAAAACUACGGCCCAUAUAUUAAAUAGCGAUGCAGACAGUGGACUGUUGAUAAAUGGGAUUAGUGAAGUAGGGUUUAGGUUAAAUAAUAGCGUUACCGUGUUGGGUCCCAUGGUGAUCUUUCCUAGAUCAGUUUUAUCAUGGUGCAUACGAGACAUAAGGGACAUUAAUGAAGAAUCUCUAAGUUUAUUUACUAUAUUGGAACCUUCUAUAGAAAUAAUCGUCCUCGGUGUCGGAGAUUCAUUAGAAAACCCGAAGUUCUAUCAAAGUUUAUUACCAUUCAUGAGAAAACAUCUAAUUAAUAUAGAGGUUUUACCAACAGAACAAGCAUGUACAACGUUUAACUUUUUAAAUUCUGAGGGAAGGUAUGUUGCUGCCGGUUUGAUACCACCUCAAGUACUGCAGACAACAGAUGAUGAUCUAUUACGCACAAAGUUACGCUAUCAGAAUUUAUACGAGACAAAUUAUUAAUAAAAUAUUUAUUGCUUUAAGUAAAAAAUUAAAAUUAA